AUGCAGCUUCUUCAGUCAAUGACCGGCUUUAUGCUCGCGGGUGGGUUUGCCUCCAUUGCAGCUGGGAAGACAAUCCCGUUUCGCCCGGAACCCAAGGACAACAUUAAGAUCGCCCCUAAGGUGUUCCUUGUGACCAUGUUCGAACCCGAAGCCGCCGCCUGGUGGGGAAUCCCCGAGUUCAACGUGCUUGCCCGCAACAUUACCAUCCCCGGCAUGUCCCCCAUCUACCCCGACGUACACUGCACGGAAGACUUCGAGGUCUGCCAGCUUACGACAGGCGAGUCCGAGAUCAACGCGGCCUCCACCAUCUCCGCCGUUGCCUUGUCUCCAGUCUUCGACCUGACGCAGACCUACUUCAUGAUCGCCGGCAUCGCCGGCAUCAACCCCAAGGUCGCCACCAUCUCCUCCGUCACCUUCGCUCGCUAUGCCGUUCAAGUCGCCCUCCAGUACGAGAUUGACCCCCGCGAACUGCCCGCUAACUACUCCACCGGCUACAUCCCCUUCGGGGAAUACUACCCCGGUCAAUACCCGUCCAGCCUCUACGGAACCGAAGUUUUCGAGGUAAACGCCGCCUUACGCGAAAAGGCCGUGGCGUUCGCCCGUCAGGCGAAGCUUGCCGACACCACCAUCGCUCAGGAUUACCGCGCCAAGUACGCCACCGUUGACGGCCUGUACGAGGCCGCCACCAAAUCCCCCAGCGUCGUGGAGUGUGACGGCGCUACCAGCGACGUCUACUUCUCCGGCGAUAUCCUUGGCGAAGCUUUCGGCAAUUUUACCGCCCUCAUCACCAACGGCACGGGUGUAUACUGUGCCACGGCACAGGAGGACAAUGCUACCCUCGAGGCCCUGCUGCGCGCCGCCUACCAUAAGCUGGUGGAUUUCUCGCGCGUGAUCGUCAUGCGCACGGCGUCGGACUUUGAUCGCCCGUAUCCUGGGGAGUCGGCAGUUGAGAACCUGCUGUAUGUGAACCAGGAUGCAUUUGAGCCAGCUGUGGAGAACCUGUACAAUGCGGGGAUCAAGGUGGUGGAGGGCAUCCUGAACGAGUGGGAGAAGACAUUCAAAGUCGGGAUCAUGCCCACCAAUUAUAUAGGGGAUAUCUUUGGCACGCUGGGAGGCACGCCUAACUUCGGUCCUGGACGCAUUGAAGCCUUGGAGGAAGCCGGCGUGAUGAAGAAGAGAGAUUUGAUUGGCAGCUAUCGCCUGCGCAAGUAA